CAUACGAUGCUGCAGAAUGGUGCUAACGCUGUCCUGCGGUGUUUGUGUGCGGGAUUAGCCGCUACUUAGCUCCGUCUGUGUGCUGCUGUGGUGCAGACGCAGGGCGCAGCGUCAGGUGGAUGCGCCUGCAGUGAUCCAGGUCGCCCCUAUGGAUCGCGUCCAUGGAUGUCUUCAAAGCCGCUUUGGACAGUAGUUUGAGUCCCAAGGCGUGCGUUUCCUCGUCUGAAGAAGCAGAGGCAGAUGUUUUCCGCUGGCCCACACCGGAGGAGGGGAGCGGCGCCGCGCCGGAGCCUCUCCCCGCCGGAGCAGCGGGCUUCUGGACGGCUGUGUUCGACUAUGAGGCCACCGCAGAGGACGAGCUCAGCCUGCGGAGGGGGGACCUGGUGGAGGUCCUGUCCAAAGACUCCCUGGUGUCCGGGGACGAGGGAUGGUGGACCGGUAUGAUAGCAGACCGGGUGGGCAUCUUUCCAUCUAAUUAUGUGAGCAAAGGGAACGGAGACACUCCGGAGCAGCAGUUCUCAGUGCCUCCUCUGCACCUCCUGGAGAUUGAUUUCUCUGAACUCACCCUGGAGGAAAUCAUCGGGGUUGGCGGUUUUGGUAAAGUCUAUCGCGCCGUGUGGCAGGGCUCCGAGGUGGCAGUGAAGGCAGCACGACGGGACCCCGACGAGGACCCGGAGCAGACCCUGGAGAGCGUCCGUCAGGAGGCCAAACUGUUCGCCAUGCUCAACCAUCCCAACAUCAUCGCCCUGCUGGGGGUUUGCCUGCUGGAGCCCAACCUGUGCCUGGUGAUGGAGUACGCCCGGGGCGGCCCCCUUAACCGGGCGCUCGCUGGGAAACGCAUCCCUCCGUGCACGCUGGUGGACUGGGCCGUGCAGGUCGCCCGCGGUAUGCUCUACCUCCACAGCCAGGCCAUCGUCCCCAUCAUCCACCGGGACCUCAAGUCCAGCAACAUCCUGAUCCUGGAGCGGGUGGAGAUGGAAGACCUGAGCAACAAGACGCUGAAGAUCACAGACUUUGGACUGGCCCGAGAGUGGCACCGCACCACCAAGAUGAGCGCAGCCGGCACCUACGCCUGGAUGGCACCUGAGGUCAUCCGCUCAUCCACAUUCUCCAAGGGUAGCGACAUUUGGAGUUAUGGCGUGUUGCUGUGGGAGCUAUUAACAGGAGAAGUCCCAUUUCGGGGCAUUGACGGUCUCGCCGUGGCCUACGGCGUCGCCAUGAACAAGCUGGCUCUGCCCAUUCCCUCCACCUGUCCUGAGCCUUUUGCACGUCUGAUGGAGGAAUGCUGGAGCUCGGACCCUCACUCUAGACCCCAGUUCACAGCCAUCCUGGACCAGCUGACGGCCAUCGAGGAGUCAGGCUUUUUUGAGAUGCCAGCAGAGUCGUUUCAAUCGCUGCAGGAUGACUGGAAGCUGGAGAUCCAGGAGAUGUUUGAUCAGCUGAGGACCAAGGAAAAGGAGCUGCGUUCAUGGGAGGAGGAGCUGACCCGAGCGGCGCUGCAGCAGAAGUGCCAGGAGGAAGCGUUGAGGAGGCGCGAGCAGGAGCUGGCCGAACGGGAGAUCCACAUCCUGGAGAGGGAGCUGAACAUCAUCAUUCACCAGCUGUACCAGGAGAAGCCUCACGUGGAGAAACGGCAGGGCAAGUUCCGCCGCAACCGCCUUAAACUGAAGGACGGGAACAGGAUCAGCCUGCCCUCAGAUUUUCAGCACAAAAUCACGGUGCAGGCGUCUCCUUCCCAUGAUCGUCGGAGGAGUUUACUCAGCAGCAGCUCCAGUCCUCCGUCGAGCCCACCGAUGCUGCCCCGCCUCCGAGCCAUCCAACUCACUCCAGCUGAGGGAUGUACAGCCUGGGGUCGCUGUGCAGGUUUUCAGCAGGAUGAAGAAGAGUGUGAGAGGAAGGGCUCCAGGAAGAAGGGCAGAUGUCGUGGGGGUGGUCCAUACAGGGAGCACAGCGCGGAUGCAAGCAUGAAGCCUCCCCAUGAAGGCAGCAGGCAGCGCUCCUGCAGCGCCCCAAACCUCCGCAGAUCCCCUAGACACAGCCCAGCUGUGCCGGGAGUGCCGAGCCUGGUGGAAAUGGAAAAUGAAGACUGCUGCUUCACCACAGAGCCGGGAGCAGCUCCUGGUCAGUCCUACCUCUGCCUCCCCUUCCACAAAGACUCGAACACGUCUGCUGCUGCUGACGGCGACGGGGACGAGUACUGCCCGAGCGGACAGGUCCCAGGCACACCACCCUGCAGGAAGAGCCCAGGUGGAGGACGCCGCUCUGAUCUGGUCCUGCUGGGCUGUGGAGCUCUGCUAGCAGCUGUCGGUCUGGGCUGUAACCUGCUCACUCUCGCUCAGCCAGAGGAGAGCAUCAAAUCUCGCUGGGACGGUUUCUUCCACAGGGCAGGGGGUCAGAGGAGGAGCACCAGCCCACAGACUCGCAGACUGUUCCGGCGGGAGAGUCCGCUCAAACCGGUGGCACCCUCGCUGCCUGAGCGAGGCCUGCCAUCCUCCUACACGCUGCUGUCCUUAUCCUCCAUGUCGGACUGUAACUCCACGCGCUCGCUGCUGCGCUCCGACAGCGAGGAGUUGUUGGUCUACCGCCCCGCCUCGCCGCCCGCUUUGCCUCCUGUGACACAAACACCGGUCAACCCGCUGGUCAACACCCACCUGGAGAGCUUCAAGAGGAACCCCCGCCAGUCUCUGACGCCAACACACGUCCCCUCAGCCCCGAGCUCUUCACGCAGCCUAAGACGAACGCCAUCAGACGGGGCCAUCAAGAAGAGCUGCCUCCCUAACAACCUGGAGCCAUUACCAGAAAAAUCUGCGUUAGAAAACACAGGUGUCUUCAGAGGUCUAAAGGAGGACUGUCAGGAGGUCCCCCGCCUCCCUGAUCCAAACAUCAUCUUCCCUCCAACUCCUCGCCGUCGCUGUGCCCCUGAACGCCCCAAAACCCUGGAUUUCGUAGCCCGCCCUCGACCUUCCCCUCUGGCACGUUGUGACGUUUUCUGGGCAGAGUCCAGAAUACGGGGAAAUGGACAAAACCACGGUAAUGGUGAUUCCCCGGCUCACACGUCCAGUACAGAGACGCCUCCGACUGUAGAAUUUGGCGGAGACCCAGCAGUGCUUCCCACACCCUUGGAGGCCCCGACGCCGUACUCCCCCCGCAGGAGGGAGAACCUGCUGGAUCAGCAGGAUGAGGGGCAGUAUCGGGAUGGAACAGUGCCGCUUUGCAGACCGGAGAUCAGCUUUCCCAAAGACUCGCCGUACCGAUACAGACCUGGAUUCUGGUCCUAACUCAGCCUCAAGAAACGGACUACCCCUGCUGUUGAGUUUGGAUUAAAGCCUUUGGAUUGUUGGCCAGUUAGUACCCAGUAAAGAAGUCUAUUCCAGUAAGGGUGUGUUUCCACUAAGCAGUCUGGUUUGGUUCAGUAAAGUUUGCUGUAUUAAAGGGAUAUUUCUGUAUUUUUGAAGGUUGUUUGCACGAGGUAUUUGGCGAUAGUGGUGGCAUUAUCCUCCAGUGAUUUCAGUAAACGUUGCCCCUUUAAAUAGGAUGCACUUGAAGGCUAUAUUGUGCCAUAGAUGCGUAUAGCUGGCUAUUUUCCAAUGUGAGCUUCAACUGCUUUUCCAAUUCAUCCUGAGAAAGUUGAAGAAUAUCGGUAAAACACUGUUGUUCUGUAAGAUGGGGAACUCAGGAUGGGGAGUGAUGCAGGCUGCAGGUGCUGAAGUCCCACUCAUGACAACAGUGGCUCUCAUGGGCAUGGGCUCACAGUUUUCACACCUGUUCCAGCAGGCAAGCUUACUGGCCUCCACAAGUUUCUCUCCCUCUCGUUCUUUCCGCUGAGUCUACAUUUGUGUGCUCCAGCUCAUAAAAGUAUCCACAGUAAACGGCACGUCGUUGCCACUUGCCAAAAUCGCUUGUUUUAGUGUUGUUUGAGCUCCUGUUGCUUCCUCUGCUGAAGCCUGCAGACCCAAACAGCUGUGAGGCGGAAGAGCAUGCAGCAAGUUGCCGAAGCAUGCAUUGCAAAAUAGAGCCAAACACAGAGCCUUUCCGGGUGAACAAUAAAAUGCUUCAAAAAUACUCUAUAUAGUGUACAAUUGAGCUAACAUUUUCUCUGAAUUAGGCAGAGCAGCUACCUGCUACCCAUCUGUGGUGCUAUAUAGCCUAGCUUCCCCAGGUCAUUUGAAUGGGCAACACUCACUGAAAUCUCUGGAGGCUAAUGGCACUAUGAUUUGAUACAACCCAACUUUAAAAACACCAAAAUAUCCCUUUAAACCCUGAUCUUGAUUGUGCUUCCACUGGUAGUGUCAUAUUGAAGGUAACUCCAACUCUUUUAGUGAUCCAGAUUAUUUGGCUAAAAUCAGUAAUAAAAUCUGGUUUUUCAGCUCUUCAGACGGCUCUUCAUUUAGUACCAUUUUGGCUUUUUUUAUCUUUAAAACAACAAGAAAAUGGAGAAAAAAGGAAACCAGUUCUUAAAUGGGAGCCAGCUCUCAGAUUCACAACACCAUCACUGGUCACUUCGGUCUAACCAGUACCCCUAGUAUCACUGUUUGCCCAUUAUAAUCACUGGUGCAUGAAAUGAAGAUUCUUUUGACCAAUCAGUGGACUCUAUUGAGCCUAGUUCUUCUCCUGAGGGUUGGAUAGGACAGAACAGUGCCAAAACCUAGGAUAGUAAUCAGAUAUUUGGGUACCUUUUCCAACUUUUGACAUAAAUAACUGCAGAUCAAACUGAACUGAUAUGAACCAGACAACUUGUGGAAAUGCAGCCUAAGUUCUUGAUGUAGUCAGAUCACCUUUAAUAGUGCCACUUAAAUACAGGAAGUCAUUUCCUGUGACUAUUAAACCUUGUGAUAUUUGCUGUAUUGCUAUUUAAGAUGAGAUUCCUCCAACUUUGCAUCCAAAAUUACUAAAACAAACCAUCAGAAGCAUUCAGGAAUGUUGUUAGACCCCAGUCUGGAAGAAAGAAAAGCAACAGAAUCACCUUUAGAUUUAAUUUUCUUUCUCGUCCUUUGAGAAGUGGAGCUGACUUUAGGGAUAAUGGCUUCAUAACAUAAUGGCAUUAACAGUUUCACAAAGCUUUACAUUUUUAUUUCAAAGCUCGAGCUCAAGACGGUGCAUUUAAAGAAGUGCACUUUUGGAAAGCAUCAUGAAUGUAAAGCUUCUUUACUGCUUAUUAUUUCUCUUUUGUUGGUUAAAACAUAUUUCCUUGUAUAAUCCACCCUCCCAUGCUAGUGGCCGAUGGAUUUUCAGUUUUGUAUGGAGCACUCGUCGUCACUGAUCACUUGUACAGAGUAAUAUCCCUGUGAUGGGGGAUGGUCUUGUAUAAUAUGAGCACUUCUUUGCAUUAGAAGCGGUGUCAGUACAAUAACGUCUGACGUCAUCUCGAGCUGUGUGUGAUGAACUGGACUAAGGAGGAGGAUGUCACUGCUGCUAGUUUGAAUUUAAGCCGGAACACUGUCAAGAAGUCCCAACCAAAAAAAUCAAAGUCCUAAUACCGGAGAAUUCCUGCAAACCAAGGUUUUAUUUUUACAUACUUAAGAGUCUAACUGAUAAACUGUUUAUAGAAUUUUGAAAUUGCUCCAGUAGAUUGCUUCAGCAGGCUUUUAUGGCUGAAGUGUCGAAAGUAGUUCCUUUAUGUUAGUUAGACCCCAGAGUAUGUAAACUGUGCCUGUGGUUCAAUACUCCUAAAGUUUGUUUUUUGGACAUGAGGAGCUUGUCCAAAUCCCAACCAUCCAGUGGAGAAACAUUUGUCCAGACUUUUAAGGGAACUUUAGAUUCGUACCUCAGUUGAUCACUCACCUCAGAGCUGUUGAUCACGACCGAUGGGACAAAAAGUCUGAAAGGACAAGUUCCACGUAUUUCAAUGAGAUGUAGACGAAGCAGGCCCUGGCGGCAUGUGACUGAGUUCAUUCAUGUUAUUUAUGUGUUAUAAUUUAUUUGAUUAAUUUAACUGAUGGUUGAUUUUUAUAACUUAAUGUAUUUGCCUUGAUUUUUGACUCUGUUCUCUAUGAAUGUUGACAACAAAUGCAGCCUCAUUUUACUUGAUUCAUGUUUAUUUUGCAUUUUAAAGUUAAGUUUUUUCCUGCAAGUUUUUCUAACUUCAACCACUAGUGUCAAAUUUAUAGAAGUGAAUCAGCUGUUUUUCUCUGUCUUAUCUGAAGGUGAGGGUAUAAUUAGACAGGUUUUGCACUUGGAAAAGGAGUUAUUGAUGACAAGCUGAGCUUCAGAAAAAAAUCUCAUAAGAAAUGGAUCAUUAUUUCACCGAAAAACUUACAUCUUCUAUGUGUAUCUAUGGAUUGAAAAGGGUAAAAUGUUGACUUACAACCUUUUGUUAAACUCCUUUAUAUGGGAACCUUAAAGAUUGGGGGGUUUAGGGGACUGCUGGGUAACCAGUUAGUCCAAGAAAGAAAAACCGCUAUCAAUGAUCUGAAAAGCACUAUCUGACACUGUAAUGCCUGUUUAUCUCGUUUUAUUUCUGAAUGUUAAGUGACCUCUCAGCCUGGAAGACUACAUCCUCCUAGACUGGAUCUGUCCUCAUCUGAAGUGUCGCCCAAUGUUCGUCUAAACGUGAAUGCUUUCUCUACAAGGACAGUGCAGAAUGUGAUCAUGCUAAGUGUAGAAAAUCAGCUGACGAGGCUGGUUGAACAAAUUUCUCCUUCUGAGGUGUCAUUAUCUGUCUGUAAUGUUACCACGAAUAAGCUGAUCUUAAAGAUGGUCUUUGUUCAGGUUGGGAAUAAUACUGUUACUGACUUGUAUUUGCACUGGAACACACGGAUUUGAG